AUGGGUCUACAUCUAGCAGCGGUUAUACUAUUUCAAUAUCACACUGGUUGCAUGAUUCACGUGCCUGGUAAAUGUGUACCACAUAUUAUCACGUGUUUGGCAGACUAUAUGUCACCUGCUGAUCACGUGAAGCUGAUACAGUAUCAAGGUUCGGUUGUCAAGCAGUUAACUAAGGGAGGCGAGGUUGUGGAGGAAGGAGUGCAAGAUGGUGCAAAAAGUAUCGAGGUUUGGUUGGAAGAAGGACUGGCGGAAAUCAAAGAUAUUGCUUUGAGUAACAAAAAGACGGUAAACACUGUUCAAAAUGGGAAUAGAACAAAGAAUGAGAAAUCCUAAACUUUUUAACAUGUUAAACAUUGAAGUAUUGGGAAACAUCCUAAUGAUGUUUGCUGAAGAUAAGAAAAUUAGGAAACAUUGUUUCUGCAACAAUGAUCACACUAUUGAAACAAAAUAGUUUUCUGUAUUUCUUCGAAAACAUUUUUACUUCCCAGGAAACAAAUUUUGCUCCCGCAACAAUGACUCCGGCAAUUGAAUGGCUGGCAAGCAGGGGAAACAUUAGAAGAAAUAUUGAAAUUUUCAAAUGAUUCUGCCAAGGUUUCCUAGUUUGACCAGAACUUGCUCCCGUGGUCCCUGGGAUUGGGAACGAGGUUGUUUUCUGGUUAUGUAAAUUAGAAUGAACACCUAUUGACUGGGACCGAGGGAAACAGUAUGUUUUGUGUUCCGAAUGUUUCUUGAGUUGAAGCCGAGGAAACAUGCCAAGUCGAGGAUCCACAAAACAUAGUUUUUUCCCAAAAAUCCCAGUCAAUAAUUAUUAUAUUAUAUACCAAGUGUCAAAGAAAACAAAAAAGCAAAUUCCAUAAUUUUUGCUUUGUAACUCGACGAUUUUAUAUUCACCGGUGAAUAAAAGUAAUGUCCACAGCUCGGAUUUCGUGAUUUUCAUGUUAUAUAGUCUAGGACCUGUAUAGGAGUUUGUAUGCGUUUCAUUUAGGACAGGUAAUCUCAACUGUUUUAGGGUAAAAUGACCAUGGCGGUCAACAUGGCAUAUGUGCCAAAACCUGAAUCAGGGACGAAAGUCCUGAAAAUGACCCCGCCCUGAAACGGCAGUGUCGACAUAGCUCUAACUUCCGAAAAGAAAAAGCAAUAGCCUUUCUGAAGUGCUUAUAGUGUUCAGAAGGGUUGGUUUUAGGGGUGCACCACCCCAGGUAAAUUGCUAAUUAUGCACAAAAUAACUAAUAUGCCUGGCAGAAAUUAAAUUUUCUUAUUUCCUAAAAAAAAUUAAUUAUCAUGGGGUGAAAAACUAUGCUCAAUUUAAUAUAACUAUUGUGGAUUUCAUAAGGAUUGUCAUUAUUUUCAUUAAAUAUAAUACAUUUUAACGCCAAUUUUAAUACAAUUUUCAGCCAUAUUUUGCCGUCUUGUUUGCUUUUACAUCGCCGAAUCUGGCAAAUAUCAUCCAGUUGUUGUAUUUUUACAUAAUCAUAAAUGGCUGAAGAAGAUUUCAAAGAAGGUUUCAUCAACUACAUAAAUUUCAUUGCUACUAUAUAAAUUUCAUUGUGUUAAUAGCCGUCGCCGUCCUGCUAGCUAAAGGUCCCUAAAAGCGCCUGCUACGCAGGCUACAAGUAUUCCCCAACUAGAUGAAGCUGAGUCACUUCUCAAAAACUAUCCUCCCCCUCUACCUAGUAUUGGCCAGAUUAAGACCGUCCUAAAUCACCUUAACCACUCGAAAGCAACGGGAGCCGAUGGUGUUCUAGCGCCGAUUAUACAUGACAUCAUUACGGCUAGCAUUAAACAGUGUAGGUAUCCAAGUCAUUACAAACAUGGCCUGGUCACACCUGUGCCUAAAGCAUACCCACCAACUGACGUUAGUAACGAUUUUAGACAAAUCUCUGUUUUGCCACAUAUUGGGAAAAUCCUAGAGAGAGUACAACUACAACUCAAUCAAAAUGACAUACUACGUCCCAGACAACAUGGUUUUACUAGUGGCCGCUCUACUACAUCGGCUCUGAUAUCCAUCACACAGCCAUGGUUUAAUGCUAUUUACAAUACCUGCCGUGACAAAGCAGGCAUCCAUGCCCUCUUUAUCGACUUUAAAAAAGUCUUCGAUCUAGUUGAUCAUGGGAUCCUGUUGAAUAAACUUGCAUUGAUGAAUGUUAAUAAAAGCUACUGGUUGUGGGUCAAAAGCUUCUUAUCUGGUAGAACUCAGCAGGUCAAGAUAAAUCAAACACUUUCAUCGAUCGAGGAUUGCCCAGCUGGAGUACCGCAAGGAUCCUGA